AUGGCCGCCAUCGUCCGCUCCCAAACCCCCGUCCAGGACGCCUAUCCCUCCAUCGCUCACCGAACCGGUUCCCUUCGUUCCAGUCGAGGUUUCUCCCGCUCGAAUUCCCGCCCUAACUCCAUCUAUACUACCACCAACCCCGCCGCCGUAAGCGGCGCGCUUCCGUCUCGCUUUCACGAAGACUUUGACGCCGCCAGUCAACGCGGUUCCCUCGUCCUCGAUGAUCCCUCCGCAAUAGGCAUCCCCCCUUCCGCCUCGCAGCUGUCCCACUCGCGCUCCGCCACCCCGACCCGCUCCGCCACCGGCACCCUCAAGAAGAAGAACUCGCUCAGUCGGAAGGGGAGUCUGCGUCGCAGUGGCAGUCGCCGCAGUAUGCGCGCCGGCAGUGUGCGCAGUCUGGCCCUCGGCGAUCGCGAAAAGUACCGCGUCGACGGCGCCGACGAUCAGCAUAGCGCCUUUUACAUCCCCAUCCCCACGGAUGGGAGUCCCACGGAGGUCUUGGCCAAUCGCUUUCAAGCCUGGCGCAAGGUCCUCAAAGACCUCAUCAUCUUCUUCAAGGAACUGCAAAAGUCCUACGAGACGCGCGCCAAGCUCUUCCUCUCCGCCUCCAACGUCCUCAACAACUCCGCCGUCCCCCAGACCUUUCUCACCUCCGGCGGUCUCUCCGAGGCCACCGAGAUCCUGCGCGACUUCCACCGUCAGGGCUACCUGGAGGCCGACAAGGCCGCCGAGAUCGAAAACGAAGUCGUCAACCAGCUGAUCGGCCUGCGCAACGACCUGCAGAAGAAGACCAAGGAGAUCCGCGGUCUAUCAGGCGACUUCCGCAACUCGGUCGACAAGGAAGUCGAGGCCACCCGCAAGACGGUGCGCCAUCUGCACGAAGCGCUGGGUCUCGUCGAUACCGAUCCCUCCGCCACCUCCGGCAAAGGCGACCCGUUCAUCGUGCGACUCAGCGUCGACAAGCAGAUCGAGAAGCAAAUCGAGGAGGAGAACUACCUGCACCGGGCCUUUCUGAACCUCGAAAGUUCCGGCCGCGAACUCGAAUCUAUCGUCGUCAGCGAAAUCCAAAAGGCCUACAAUGCCUACGCCGGCAUCCUCCGUCGCGAAGCCGACGAGGCGUACAGCACCGCUGAGAAGCUCCGCGUGGGGCCCGUGUCCAUGCCGCACGACCACGAAUGGAACUCGUUCAUCGCAACCACCGACGAACUCGUCGAUCCGCGGGUCCCGCUGCGCGACGUCGAGACCAUCACCUACCCGGGCAAAGAUCAUCCAGCUGCGGCCGAGGUCAGAUCCGGCAUGCUGGAGCGAAAGAGUAAAUACCUCAAGAGCUACACGCCGGGAUGGUACGUCCUGUCGCCGACGCACCUGCACGAAUUCAAAUCGGCCGACCGCGUCGCCUGGCAGACCCCGGUGAUGUCCUUGUACCUCCCCGAACAGAAACUGGGAUCGCAUUCGCAACCGGACUCCACGUCGCACAAGUUCAUGCUCAAGGGCCGCCAGACCGGCGCCAUGCACCGCGGCCACUCGUGGGUGUUCCGCGCCGAGUCGCACGACACCAUGAUGGCCUGGUACGAGGACAUCGAGUCGCUCAUCUCCAAGACCGGCGAGGCCCGCAACGCCUUCGUGCGCAAGCACGUCCGCACCGUCAGCAGCACCAGCUACCGCACCAGCAGCGACGGCGUCAUGGACGACGACGAGGCCGACCGCACCCCCUACUCGCCCGAGUCCGUCGUGCUCGCCCACGACCCCCACCCGCGCCCGACCUCGCAGCCCCGCGAGCCCGGCGGCCGCUUCCCCAGCGACGUGCAGAUCGACCGCCACCUGCAGGCCCCGCUGUCGCCCUCCAGCGGCGAGAGCUUAGCCGAUCGAGACCUACCGGCCACCGACGGGCUCGGCCCGCCGCAGUCCGUGUCGGAGCGCGAGGGUGACAGCCAGGGGAAACACAUCAGUUAUGACGCCGAAUCCACGACACAGCCAGCCGCGCACACCAUCUACCACACGCACGAGCGGGACGCGCCCGGUCCACAGUCGGGACGAGAUGUCGUCGCACGCACGCGGCACGAGAGCGUGUCGAGUGCGCCAACCACCAAUAUGACCGAUCACACGCACCACACCGUCCCGACCUCGGUGGCAUCCACCGAGCCCGAGGCGCCCGCGCCGCGUCCCGACGUCGACGUCUUCUCCUCCAAGACCGCUCCGGUCGGAUCCACCAUGCCGAACGGGGUGGGCGCAUCCGCUGCCGAUGGCGCCGUAACGACGCCGGGUGCUCGCUCCAAGGCCAGCGUGUCGGCGCUGGAACUCCGUAUUCCAGGCCAUUACCCGCCCACGCACGUCCCUGCCUAG